AAAGAGACCGGAUGUUGACAAAUUUCAUGUCACUGUUCUUAGAAGGUCGUUUGUUUGUGUGAAGAUUUCUUAUCUGGGAUCUCUCUCUUUAAAAAUGUUUCUCUCUCUAAAAAAAAGGUCCAUUCUUUCUUCUCCUUAUUGUCUGUGUUCUUGAGAGAGAUAUAGAGAGAGAAAGAGAAGGAGGAGGAGUGGCUGGCCCCAGCAGAUCGAAAUCUCCUCCUUUUCUUCAACCCGAUGACGAUCUUAGCUCCUUCUAUGGUGUUCCAACAACACCCUCUUUGCUAUUUUGUCUUACAAAAUUGUUAUUGGUUUCAGUUCUAGUUACCCUUUUGGCCUUCAAAUAGUGGGAGUCCAAAAAGGUUCUGAAUUUCUCUCUCUCUCUCUCUCUGAUUUUUGUUGAUGCCUUCAAUGGUGGAAUCUCUGUGGGAUUCUUGAGAGGAGGUGCUUAGAGGAUGUGGGUCUGAGGUAUGGGAACCAAAGUCCAGAAUCUUCCAGGAUAUAACUCAAUGAGAGAUCUUAAUGAGGAAUCUAGCAGUUGUGGCUGGCCACUAUUUUAUGGGGAUAAAUCACUAACAAAUGGGCAGUACUAUAAUAAUUAUCUGCCAAGUUCUACAACAGAUGCAUGUUCUGCAUACGAUAAGGAUGUUGUGAAGCGGAUGAUGCUUGAGCAUGAGGCUGUUUUUAAGAAUCAGGUCUAUGAACUUCACCGUUUGUACAGAAUACAAAGGGAUUUGAUGAAUGAGGUUAAAAGGAAAGAAAUACACAGAAACAAGAUACCAGUUGAGGCGUCAUUUUCCGCUGGUCACAUGACAUCUCAAUUAACAACUGAAGAUGGACAAAAAUGGCAUAUUUCUGGCUUUCCUGUGGGAAAUUCUACUUGUGCUAAAACAUCUGUGUCUGGAGUUGAGGGCAUUCAUUCUCCUUUGGGUUCUAUGAAAGGGAUCGGCAAACAAACUAGUCCAUUUCCCUCCCCCAAUGGGUGUAGUAGUUCAAAAGAUGUUGAGGUGCUUGAGUCUAGACCCUCGAAGUUGAGGAGAAAAAUGUUUGACCUACACCUCCCUGCUGAUGAGUACAUUGAUACUGAGGAAAGUGAAAAACUCAGUGAUGAAAAGACAAGUGAUCCAUCAUUCUUUCUUCCUGAUAGAAACUGUAAAAAUGGAAAGGAUGGUGAUGCGAAACUUUUUUGUGGCAAUGGUGAGAAGACUGGUAGCCAGGAGGACACUUCAAGAUCUGAGCAGUCUUUAAGGAGAAGAAAUGGUUUGGCUGACUUAAACGAACCUGUUCCGGUGGAAGAAACAUACAAUUCUCCAUAUGUCCCCCUUCUGAACCGUAAUCCCUGUCAAGGGGCAACUGAAUACUCUGAUAUCUCUGCCGCUACCAAACAAAAGUUGGAGUUUUUUGGUCUGUCUAGGGAGCAGUUGCUCAACUCUCAUGGAACUGACAGUUGGGCUCGAAGUAAUGGACAUUUGGAGAACAAUGGAGGUGGAAAAGGGUGGCAUCAAUCAAUGGCUGAGUCAGGGCAAGCUAAAAGCAACACACAACCUGUUCCUCAAGUCCUCAAAUCACCUUUAUCUUCCCAAACAAUGCAAGAUGCACUUAGCAAAGUUCAUAAACCUACAUCUGAUUAUCUAAAUGGUCGAAACAAGGCUGACAUGUGGAGGGAAAAGACUGUCAGUGAUUUACAUAUCAGUGAAAGAAAUCAUGAAUACUCCAUCAAUAAGCAACCUGAGUCUGUGAUACCAUUACAUAGACCUGGUCUUUUUGCAGCUGCUCCUUCCUCUGAUUUUUCUAAUUCUUGGUCUCAUUCGGCUUCUUCUUGGGAAAUGGCCAAUAGCAGCCUAAGCCAGAAGUUGAUAUCAAUUCAGACACCUCCAUGUAUAAAUGCAUCUGGUGCUUUGAGUAGGAGUUCUCAGUCACAUCAAAUUAAUGGGAUAUUGGAAGAAUGCUGGCCUCUAAAUAUCAAUUCCAAGCCUAACCAAGGUUUUCGAAGUGAUGCACCUAUACAGAAUGGAUUUUACCCUGGGUCUUCAUCUGGGUCCAAGGAACCAUCAAUGAACAUCUCUUCAAUUAGCUAUGACUAUCUCAAUCAUAAAAAUGAUUGUAAGAUAAUUCCUGAUCACUUCAUCAACAAUGUUUCAUCAAAAUCAUGUAAGGGUUCAGAUUCAAAUUGCAAUGACAUGACAUCUGGAAAAGAUUUUGACUUGAAUGUGCUGCUUCCAAAUGGUUCAUCCAACAGCUUAGUUCCCCAGUCAGGUGUUAGGAUAAUUGAUGGAGAAAAGAACAAUGAGGAGCGUCAUGCGGUGUUGCCUUGGCUUAGAGGGAAGACAACUUGUAAGAAUGGAGAACAUAACACUGCAGGAGAGUCGAGAUUAUUCCAUGAUGCCUCAUUGUCCAACAAAGAUGAAACUGGAAAGGGACCUAGCAGAAAAUUUAUGCACAAUAUAACUUCAAUUUUGUGUUCUAAUGACAUUGAGGCAAGGAGGAAGGAGUUAAACGAAAGCUCUAGUAAUAAGAAAAUUCUUGGUGUUCCCAUUUUUGAUAUGGCUCAUAUUUCUCCUAAGAAGGAGUUGUCUUCAAUCACUUCUCUGUCUGUGUCGAAUCCUAAUCCAUCUGAUGUGGAAGCAGCGGGAAAUAAGAAAAAACGGAUAUUUGAUAUGAACUUGCCUUGUGAUGCUGCUGUCGUUGAGUUGGACAAAGAAGCAUUCACUGAAACUGCUGUUGGUAAGACAAGGUCUCCUACAACAGAAGCAGACUCUAGAAAUCAAAUUGAUCUGAACUUGAGUAUGAGUGAGGACGAAGGAUCUUUCACAACUAUACCAAGUGACAAUGUAAAAAUGAAGGCACAAAUAGAUUUGGAAGCCCCUGCUCUUCCCGAGACAGAAGAGGAUGCUGUUCUUGAAGAAAAGCUGCUUGAAACUUCUCUAGCAUCACUGCAAGUCCCACAAGACACAGUUGAACUAGCAAAGGAUGAACUUAUGACAAAUGCAGCAGAGGCAAUUGUUGUCCUGUCAUCUCUUACCUGUGAUCAAGGGGAUGAUUGUGUGAUCAGCAAAAGUCCAUCAGAAAGUCCAAAGGUGGACCUGCUAAGUUGGUUUGCAGAUGUUGUUUCCUCAUGCAAAGAUAAUGUAGAGGGAAACUGUGAUGUUUCAAGGGAAAAAGAUGGCGAGGACAACGAGGGGCAUUCCUCUGAAGGAAUGGAUUACUUUGAGGCAAUGACAUUGAACAUGCCGGAGACCAAGGAAGAAGACUACAUGCCCAAGCCUCUUCUCCCUGAAAACUUCAAAUUGGAAGAAACAACUACUUUGUUACCAACUCGGACACGAAAAGGGCCAGCAAGGAGAGCGAGGCAGCGGAGGGACUUCCAAAGGGACAUCCUUCCAGGCCUUGCAUCAUUGUCGAGGCAUGAAGUGACAGAAGAUCUUCAGACAUUUGGAGGGCUUAUGAGAGCAACAGGUUAUCAAUGGAAUUCAGGAUUAACUAGGAGAAGCUCAUCUAGGAAUGGUGGUGGCAGGGGGAGGCGACGGGUGCAAGUUGCCCCGUCUCCCCUGACACUGGUGGCAACCAAUGAAACUAGCACCCCCCUGAUCCAGCAGCUUAACAAUAUUGAAGUUGGAUUGGAGGAUAGAAGCCUAACAAGUUGGGGCAAGACAACCAGAAGGCCCCGCCGACAGAGGUGCCCGGCUGGUAACCCUCCGUUGAUCCAGUUAACCUAAUCACCAUAAGAGGCUUAAAAUUUUUAGAUGAGAAUUUAUAGAGGUAAGCAGGGCCGGUUUUUGAAUUAAUGGAACAAUGAUGUUCUCAGGCAUGUGGAUUUCUCUUGUAAAUUUCUUCAACCCGUAUUUGGGUAUAUGCUUGAUUUGUCAGUCUUUGGGGUGGUGGUACCAGCUUGUAUUAUUCUUAAAUAAUGUUGCAUGAUUUCUUCUCAUUAUCUCUUUAUAGAACUGUUGAGAUAUAUACCAGUUUUUUUUUUUUAUCUCUUUAUAGAACUGUUGAGAUAUAUACCAGUGUUCCUUCAAUUCAUUGCUCA